AUGGAUAACCUCUCUUUCCCAACCGCUUUGUCCGUGUCUGCGGGUCAGGCAAGGGUUCCGUACCCGUUCCUCUCGCCGGAUGAAGCUUUCGCUCUUUCUUCAAGAAACCUUGUAAUCAUCGCUACCGCAGCGGCAAAUAUGGAUUUGGGAUUUCGUACUGUCUCUUCCCGGGGACUACCAGCUACGAAAGGCUCACUCGAUAACGCCACCCUGCAUUGUCUAUUUAACCUCGAGGUUGGCAACCUUCGGGCUCUGUAA